CCGCCUUCUCUGCCCUACCUGACUCAUUUUCAUCGUUUCCAUUACUCUCUCCCUGUCUCACACACGUAUACAUACUUGAGGGCUUUUUUGAGGUUUAUGGGCGUGGAUUGGGUUACAUUAGCUGAAUUGUUGAAAUUCUGUGGUCUUGCUUUUGUUGAACGAAUGUUUUGAUUAAAUAUGCCAAGUAUCAGAGCUCCAGCGACCAAGAAAACUACAACUCUCACUGUUGCUGUAAAAUGUAGGCCAUUAACCGAGAAAGAACGUGGCCGUGAUAUAGUGCGAGUAAACAACAGUAAGGAGGUAGUUAUUUUGGAUCCGGACUUGUCAAAGGACUACCUAGAUCGGAUACAGAAUCGAACAAAAGAGAGAAGAUAUGCUUUUGAUUAUGCAUUUGCUCCAAACUCUAAAAAUUUGGAUGUCUAUGAGAGAAGUAUAUCUUCUACAAUCUCCGGGGUAGUUCAUGGUCUAAAUGCUACAGUGUUUGCAUAUGGUUCAACUGGAAGUGGAAAAACCUAUACAAUGGUAGGAACUGCAAGUGACCCAGGUCUGAUGGUUCUCAGUCUAAAUACAGUAUUCGAUUUUAUAAAAAAUGAUAAGAGCUCCGAUGAAUUUGAAGUUACUUGUUCCUACCUUGAAGUGUACAAUGAGGUGAUCUAUGAUCUGCUUGAAAAAUCAUCUGGUCAUUUGGAACUCAGAGAGGAUCCAGAGCAGGGGAUAAUUGUAGCUGGCCUUAGAUGUAUCAAGGUCAACUCAGCUGAUAAGAUUCUUGAGCUUUUAAAUGUGGGGAACAGUAGGCGCAAAACUGACAGCACGGAUGCUAAUGAAACAUCAUCACGUUCACAUGCAGUUUUGGAAAUAUGUGUGCUUAGAAGGCAGAAAAGGAAAUAUAGGAGUCAAGUUAUUCGUGGUAAACUUGCACUUGUGGAUCUUGCUGGGAGUGAACGAGCUUCUGAAACAAACAGUGGCGGCCAGAAACUGAGAGACGGUGCCAAUAUAAACCGGUCACUUCUGGCUUUGGCAAACUGUAUAAAUGCUCUGGGAAAGCAACAGAAAAAGGGUCUAGCAUACGUCCCUUAUCGUAAUAGCAAAUUGACACGGAUCCUUAAAGUUGGCUUGAGUGGGAAUUCUCAAACAGUCAUGAUUGCAACUAUAUCACCAGCAGAUAAUCAAUAUCAUCACACUGUUAAUACCUUGAAAUAUGCGGACCGUGCCAAGGAAAUCAAAACACACAUCCAGAAAAAUAUUGGCACUGUUGAUACACAUGUAUCGGAUUAUCAGCGUAUGAUUGACAGUCUUCAGACGGAGGUCAGUCAGUUAAAGACACAACUAGCUGAAAAGGAAUCACAACUGAACAAACCUACUGAAAGACCAGUGGAUGAUGAAUUAUCCUGGUUGAACAUAUUGAGCCAAGAAACCAGUGAAAAUGUUCAGGAACGGAUAAACUUACAGAAAGCAUUAUUUGAACUUGAGGAAACUAAUCUUAGAAAUCGAACUGAGCUACAACAUCUUGAUGAUGGUAUUGCAAAGCAGCAGGUCAUUGAAAAUGAUGGAACAGUUGUGCAGGCUUUAGUAUUAAGGCGACAACUUGUUUUGGACAAUAUCCGUGACAAUGACGAGACUGGCGUUAUUUACCAAAAGGAAAUUGAAGCCAAUGAGAAACGCCGAUGCCAAUUACAGGAGAUGAUUGAUGAGGCCAUUAGUAACAAUGCAAAUAAGACCUACUUACGUAUUCUCAGUCAAUAUAGACUCCUGGGAAUGACUAAUACCGAGCUUCAGUUUGAAAUGGCAAUGAGAGAUCAAGUGAUUCACAAUCAAAGGGAAACACAAAGAAACCUAUGGAAUCUUGUUAUGGGGUUAGGACUAGAUGAGAAGCAGCUGCUUAAGCUUGCUGCUAAGCAAGGUAUAGUUAUCGAAGACUGGGCAAUGACACCUCAGUUGGGUUUGAGUGAUGGGACUGCGUCAUGGAAGAUGGGACAUGAAAGAUCUCCUCACAUACCUCUUUGUUCCGCCAGUCGACAGUCGUGCCCUAAUCCUUCCAGUACAUCCCCACAAAACCAAGCUGGGCCUAGGCCUUUUUCUGAAGGAUAUGGAGACACAUAUUGCCGGGAGGAGCACCAUUCGUCGUAUUAUUUUAUGUCUCAUAAUUCUCCAUCUACAUACAUGAGUCUAACUAGGAGCAGUGAGAAUUGGGUUGGUCAUAUGUCAAGCUCACUAUAUCCAUCUCCUGAUAUGCAUCCUCCUGGUUUAGGCGAUUCAUAUCUCAAAAUGAGAGGCACAGGCUCCUCAAACGGUGAUGGCCGUGCAUCAACUUCUCCUCACCAGAAGGAUGCAUCGAGGAGAAUGUCAAGGCAAUAAUGAGAUGACUAGUUGCAGUGAAGAUGCAAUCCCUUAGGAGAGAGGUCAGGGCAGAUACAAACCAAUCUGAGCAGCUUGUCUCAAAUGAUUGCAGAUAAUCUGUUGUAAGUUGGUAGUGUAUAAAUAGGAGUUCCAUCCAAUAUUCUUUCUGUAUCUAACAACUUUGCUUCAUUUUCAUAUUUUAUAGCAUACAGAAGUUUCAAA